AUGAAAGUCCUGCUCGUGUGUCUGAUGUUCGUAGCGGCAGCCGUCCAGGCGGUGCCAGCCCGCGGCCUGCCACGGCUGCCGGAGAGGCGCUCCGACGUGAGGGCGCUGAAGCCCAAGGACGCGCUGCUCCUGCCAAGACAGCACAGUGAGAAAGAUGAAGCCGACUCGGUGGGCAAGCAGCCGCGCAUCAUCUACGGCAAGCAGGCGGAGGAGGGCCAGUUCCCGUGGAUGGCUUCCCUGCGGCUCGACUACGUCGCCUUCUGCGGCGGCUCGCUCAUCACGCAGCAGUGCGUCCUCACAGCGGGCCACUGCGCCGACGGGGUGAUGCAAUUCGCGAUCAACCUGGGCACUAUCUCAUCGGACUUAUAUCCUGAUGACGCGCUCUCGCUGGUAUCUACAGAUGCCGUCGUACACCCCGACUAUUCGUCCGAUGGCAGUACCACCACUUCUGACGUCGCCGUUGUGCGUCUUUCUGAAAUGGUUACGCUUACAGGUAUUCAAAUGAUAAGUCCCUACCUGCAGUAUGCUGAGAUGACAAUUAUCGAGAACUCCGAGUGUGAAGAGACAUUCCCAGGAGCCAUAAGUAAUCAUCAUAUUUGUUCCAAGGCAUCCAACGAAGCAAGUCCUUGUCCAGGCGACAGCGGCGGCCCCAUGUUGGUACAGGAGGAGGAUGGCGAGUGGACCGAGGUGGGAGUGACGAGCUUCGUCUCUGACGAGGGUUGCGUGUUCGGAUACCCGGCGGGCUAUGCUCGAGUCACCACGUAUCUCGACUGGAUCAACGAGAACUCCAUUCCCGAAGGCCGCUGA